AUAUAGACGGAUUACUUAUUGCCAUCAGUUCGUACCUGCCGAUUAUUUAACCUGACCGCUUUUAUUGUGUUUAUUAAAGUAAUUUUUCGUUUUAUUCGGUUUAUUGUCACUACAUUCGGUAUUCGAUCGUUCGGUUACACGUGUGCUGUUAAGUGGUGUGAAUGAGAAAAUUCCACGUAAUUUCAAAACGCAUAAUAUCGGAGAAAAACAAAGGGUAGAAGAAAAAAGACGGAUAUUGCUGAAGAAUUUAGAAUACCAAUUGGGUAAAGAAGAGAGGCCAUACAUUUGCAGAUAUAGAAGAAUGUGUGGUAAGUGGUUUAAGCAAUGCAGAGAUGCCAACGUCAGUAUCGGAAGUCCUAUUGUAAAAGAAAACGCAGAAAAUAUCGCAAAAUCAUUAGACCACGAACAAUCCAAAUCCAGUUAUGGUUGUCUUGAAAAUUUAAAAAAACGAUCUGGUAUCGACUACACAACUGGCAGCCAUAUUUUAGAGUGUCGAACGUUUAUCAUGACCAAUAAAAUGGAUAAAAUGAAGUGGUCCAGCAUCUUCGCGGAACUGGUGCUACUGUUGAUUAAAAGCGUUUACUACAUUGGCGAGUCUAUUUAUUACAUAUUCGUACCAUUGCCGGAAAAAUCUUUGGCCGACGACAUCGUUUUGAUCACAGGCACAGGACAUGGAAUAGGGAAAUGUUUGGCGAUGCAGUUCGCCGACGUGUCCGCCAAAGUAGUGUGCGUUGACAUCAAUGAGCAGUCGAACGCGGAAACCGCAAAGGAAAUCAACGCCAAGUGGAAAGGAAAAGCUUUCGCUUACACAUGCGAUGUGUCGACAUUGGAAAAAGUCAGAGAGCUUGGCGAGAAGGUCAAGAGCGAAGUUGGCACUGUUACCAUUCUGGUUAACAACGCAGGGAUAAUGCCAUGUAAACCUCUCGAGGCUCACGACGAAGCGACCAUAAAAAAAAUAUUCGAUAUCAACGUGUUUGCUCAUUUCUGGAUGUUGGACACUUUUUUGCCGGGAAUGAAAGCCCUGAACAAAGGGCAUUUAGUUUUCUUGUCGUCGAUGGCUGGUAUAAUUGGCCUGAAGAACUUGGUGCCUUACUGUGCGUCAAAAUUCGCAGUGAGAGGUCUAUCAGAGGCAAUAAUGGACGAGUGCAGAGCAGAUGGCUUCACAAAUCUCCACUUCACCUCUAUUUUCCCGUAUAUGGUCGACACCGGGCUUUGUAAGAAACCAAUAAUUCGCUUUCCCAGUUUGUUACCACUCGUAACACCCGAAUCGACAGCAAGAGAAAUAAUAGCCGCUGUCAGAAAGAAUUUAUUCGAACAUUCCAUUCCGAGUCCAUUGCUCGUCAUCAAUAACAUAUUUAGGUGUUAUCCGUACAAAAUGGCAAUGGAGUUCAAAGAUUUCAUGGGAGGUGGUGUUGAAGCUCAUGAUGAUUGAUUAUCAAGCAAGCAUGAAAACAACAACCCUACCAAAAUAAACAUAUUCAUAAUAUACAGUCGUACAUCUAUUAAAGCCAUAGACCUCUAAUAGAACUAGAGCGUACUAUUGUAUACUUAAUAUGAAACUCUGAACUCAUAUAGUGACUAAAUUAUUUUUAACUUUAUUGAUUUAAUACUCCACAAGUCCUAGUUUUAAGAAAAACGCCUGUCUUUAGCUUCUGCUCUGCUUAUUGUGAUUUUGUUUUUAGAUAUUAUGUACUUUUUUGAUGUAUGUUAAUUUGUUUUAAUUUUAGCUAUUUGUAAUACAAUGGCAUGUACUCUAAUUUGAUUUAGUUUGUACAUUUUAUUUUUCUGACCACAAGCACAAUCAUUGUUUCACAUGAAUAAUUUGAAUUAAAAAAAAAAUAUUUUAUUAAAAUGUGUAAUUUAUAAAAUAUUUAGUAAUCUAAGACUGUUAUUGUAUUAAAUACUUGCCUAACUUAAUUGUAUUUAUGCAUGUAAUUAAUACACUGGUAUUUGGUAUUUAAGUUAAAGAAAUUUAAAUAAAUGUAUAUUUUUUAUUUGUGUAAUAAUAUACGUAUCGAAUUAUAAAAA